UUUUAUCUAUCAAAUAAACUGGUCAAUGUUAUAUUAGGUAUAAUAUUCAGAUAUUUCUAUGAAGAACCUCAAAGUACAACUGUGCUACUUUUGACAGAAGAAAUAACACAAAUGACAAGUUUAACUCUCGCAACAAAAAGUUGUUGUUGUUGAUUCAGCACACUCAGUUGUUUUGCUGCUUCCGCCUUACUUGGUCUGAUAUGACCAGUCGCUGUUACCUAAUGUAGAUAGAUACAGUACAGCUGUGUAACUGGAAUUACUGAGACUGUAAAAGUUACAUGCCCUUGUUUUAACAUGUGGAAAUUUUGAGGCAGUUCAACAUUUUACUUUUUUAAAACAUGUCCAAAAGUAAGAAAAUCAAGUCAAAUCAAGUGAAUACAGGUCUCAAUCACAGACGAUAGAAUUAGUGCGGGAACGUCUGAGUCCCGUGUUACAACUGUAACCAAAAUGAACAGAAAAUGGAAAUGAUUAGUAAACAUAUAAAAUAUCACAGCAUGUAUCUUCAAAAUGUUCUGUUUUUGUAAGUCAAGCAGUUCAUCUGAAAAUUUUUAAAUCACUACAUAUGGUGAUAUCUGGUUUUCAAUGUGCAGGGUCUUAAUUAUACAAUGAAAAGAAUUAAGGGGAAAUGAACGGGCAAGGGAUUAACUUGUCCUUUAUUUCCUGAAGAAAAAUCCAUAACUAUAUAUAAUGUAUUUACAUUUCCAUUAUCUUUAACAAAGAGUUGGUUCAUUGAGUUGUUACUGAAGGAAGCCAGUCGACUGUUUAUAUAUGUUGUUCUGGUUUUUGUGGCUUAACCUUGUGGCUUUGAUAAUAAAGGCUUUUUCAUUUUUGUAGUUUGCCUAUUUAGGAUAAUUGAUCAUUUUUCUUAUGGACAAAAGUCUGACCAUGUAUUAAGAACAGCUGCUUUCAGAUCCAAGCAGCACAUUCUCAGCUGUUUUUCACUCUACAUUUUCACAUAUACACAGUUCACCUCAUAUUCCAUGAAAACGCCAGAGUGCUAAUCUUCCUCGAUUGUGUCUUAGAGGCAAAACAACAACAAUGUUGGCAGUGAGUUUAACUAAAAUGACAGCAGCUAUUAUCCUGUGUAAGGUGCCACAUACUAAAGCUAAACCAAUAAAUAGUAUAUGCUAAUAUACUGGCAAAUAUCUGUUGCAGAUAUAUUGGUAUCAGUCUCUAAAUGACAAGAAGUACUUUACACACAAAGCAGCAAAACAGAGUGCAGACAUAAAACAAUACACUCACCCACAAAUGACACAUGCUCAUCAAUAUUCUUGUCAUGUCACCUGACACACACUUAUACACUGACCUAGAUCUCCUCUCCAAAGAGCCUCAUCCUACACAUUAUACUCUAAACUGAAUACAGACAAGGUCACAUGCCUUGAUUCUAUCAAUGAAUCACCAGUCCCCCGUGUGUCUGGGUGUGUAUUAAGACCCGUGAAGUGAGGGUGAGGGCUCUGAUGACAGCUCCUGUGCACCAGAGGUCCCUGAGGGUUAAUGACGAGUGGAAACCGUGACCCCCAGACCGUGACCGCUGAACCUGACCUGUGGAGCCGGCAGGAUAACAUCAGGAGACGCAGGGCAGAAGCAAGAGUGACUGCUGAACAGAGCUGGAUAAACAGCAGAAUGACUCCAGGUGAACCGCUGCUGCCGCUGCAGAGGGAGCUGAUGACAACCAUUCUGUGGUUAAUCUGUCUGACAGCCGUGACCACUGUUCACACUGCUGCUGCUUUUUACUGCAGUAAUUUAGACACUGCCUGUGUGUGCAUUAAUGCCACAUAUACAGUACAUGGAACUUACUUUUUUGUUAUGUGCCACUAAUGGGCAGAAAAGUCCCUUUACAUAAAAUAAUGUGUUUUUAUUAGUGUUACUUCACCUUGUUGCUUUGCCGUCUCUGUGCAGAACAAUGUAUUAAAGGCUGUUUGCAUGUUUGUUUCUCUUUGCUCACAUGAAAUCUGUGGAGAUUUAUUACAGGAUUUUGUUUGAAAGCCAGUUGUGGCCCAGGAUGCAACACCAGUGUGAAACCUGACAUACAUUUGGAUUUGCAUGUUGGCAGAUUCUGGCAUUUUCAUUAAAGGAGAGAGAGUAGAAGUAAUUUCAAGAACAGUUUUUUUUUAGACACAUCAGCUAAGUACCUAUCUAAAACUAAUCAAAUGUGAAAUCUAGUCACAAGUUUAGUUAAGACCAGAAAGCAGCUAACUAGAAACAGCUGAUUAAAGUUGAAUAAACAUAGGGUAUAGCUUCUCAGUAUGUACAUUAUAUAUAUAUUAGUGCAGUUUUAAAAACAAAAAAGUUUGCUGAUUCGUCUUUUUAAAUAUGUAAUGUCUACAGGUGUCAAAUUUCUGAUAUCAGAUUAAUAUAAACAUUACUAUUCUAAACAAAGAGAAAAGCCAAAUGAGCGUCAGUGUCUGUCUUCUCUUUCUUGACAGUUUUAAUGGAAACUAUGAAAAUAAAACGUGUAUCGUGUGUUAUAGUAUGCAUGCAAACACAGGAAAGUGUUAAAAAGUUAAAAAGCAACAUGAGAACUGUAAGAUUUAAUACAGCCCUCACAUUUGUUUUAUUAGUGUGUGUUACCUUCUUUCAUGUGUGUAAUGUAAACUAAAAUUCACCAAACCGCUUGUUAUUUAAGUUGUGACAACAAAUGUUGCUGUAAAAUAUUCUCAUCAUCCCUGCUGAAUGACUGAAUGAGAGGAGUGUGGUGGAAAGUGUGUGUCCUUUUGAUCAGAUUUAAAUUGACUUGUGAAUCUACAAAAAAAAAAAGAAACAACACACUAAUCCAGAGGGAUAACAUGAAAACACUUACUACCCGAGCAUAAAAAGACAGAAAACAUGUAGUGUAACUGAAUAACAGGUCCCAACAGCGAGUGUAACAGUGCAAACUAAACCAAAAUGUGUUCAUACUGGCACAACUAAAUGCAAAAAAAAAAAAAAAAACAGGUUACAUUUCAUAACCUUCCUUCAUAAAUAAGCUCCAACCUGACUCCUGACAGUAAAUCAUGUUUUUUUCAACUUCGUAUUUAAUGACAAGUUACUCCACAAUACGUCACAAAAGCAGCUUUACAUGUAUUCACAUAUAUUUCACCCACAAAUCAGUCACCACUGCAUGACUGAAACCUUUUUGUCAACCCUAGUAAAUCCUGGCACUUUCACACAGCACAGGCAGAAUAUUAAAUGAACUGUAGAUACAUUGAUCACCAUCGCGGGCUCCUCAGUUCUCACAUGUUUGUCUUUGCAGUGUGAACAGACUAAGCCCCUCUACUCAGCUGUCAUAAUUUGUUAACGAGUCUUUUCAGGGAGGGAAAAAAGAAAAAGAGAAGACAGAAAAAAAAAGAAAAGAAGGCUCUUCACGAGUGACUGAAAGCAGAGGUCCAUCCAGAGAGGGAACCCAGGGGCGACAUCAGACCGAUUUCAGACCAGCCCGUGAUGGCAUCUCUGUAUAUUUUAAUAUUAAUGACCCCGGCCGCAAAGCCGCCUCUAAGCCUCCAACAGGUGCCCCCAGCCCCACUCGAGCCUGAAAACCCCGGGAUCAUUCAACAUCCCACUAUCCACCACCACCGGGCAAUAAAGACUGCAAAUGAAGAGGAUGAAGGCAGAGAGGAGAGAGGGGGGAAAAAACGACAUAAAGAGUGGAAGGGGAGUUAGAGAGUCAGCCAUCUCUUGCAAAUAAGUUUUUGAGUCACUUUCCCCAGCUAAAACACGGGUCGAUAUUUUUCCCCCCCUUGAGAAAGAGAUUGACUUUUGUUUGGAGUUUGUGAGAAGUGGGAAUCAGAAGCAGGACAAUGGGACUCCCCACGGUGAGAGGCUGAGAGGAGCCAUCUCAAAUCAGUCAGCCAGGGGACUGACUAAUCCGUCCAUUGUCCCUCCCCAGCCACCGGCCGCACAUCAACACAUUCGCCCCCCAUUGUCCCCCACCCUCAUGCAGCGGGAUUUGCUCUCCCCAACAGCCAGUUUUGUCCACGGCAGUUCGAGCGGAAGUUUCUCACUGACAAUUUGCCCCAAAUAGAUUUGUCAGAGCGUCCAACUGCACUGCACCGACUUGUGGGUUUCUGGGUUUGGGUCCUGGGUCUGUUUUUUUUUCCUUUUUUUUUUCUGGAGGGUGGGACUCUAACAUGGUGAGGCCCUAGCGUGUGUGUGUAAAUGCGUGUAAAGUGUACAUGUGUUUGCAUGUGUGCACGCAGAGGUGUGUCUAGAUCUAGAUUACACUUCAGUGGAGGAGAUGGUGAGUCUGUAUGAGGCCAGGAGUGAAGUCACUUGAGUGCUAGUCCUGAGGGAUCUGGAUUGUAACUGAUGAGAAAAACUGACACUAUAUCUGUGUGUUUUGAUAAAUCAGUUCAGACUGAGGCAAGUGAAAAAAACACUGUGUUGAUCUGAUCAGACUGAUGUUUAAGACUCACAAAUAUCCCCCUGGAUCAGAUGUUACAGUUACAGUCUGUAAGUAAAUGAAAUAAAAAUAGUUUGAUUGUUUAGGUUUUCCAUGUAUCGGUGGAUUAUUAUAACUUUAACAUGUCUACAGUGGCUCAAAUGUCCCAUGUUACUCGAUUAUCAUGGUUUGGUUUUCAAGUAAGGCUGUGAUUACUGAGAGUAUACGUCACAUUCAUUCUCAUUACUGUUCUGCAUAUUUGAUGUUUCAGUACCACCUUCACCCCUUACAAACAUACAGUUUAUAACCUGUAAUUAAUGACAUCAAUAAUCAUUAAUAAGUCAUUUACACAGUUGUAAGACAAUAAUGAGAACAACUUUUGAGUUGUCAGCUUGUGAAAAAUCCCUUUCUGACCAUUGAAAUUAAAUCGUCAAAUAAAGAUGAAUGGAGCUCUGUCUUCACUUUAUUUAGUUAUAAAGUAAGAGUUUGGAGCUCUUUGAAGUCUGAAUAAGCACGUGGACAGGUAACCUGCAUCUGUUUAAUGACUCCUGUUGUAGAACUGUCCGUGGUGCUGAAAUCAGGCUGCAUAUUUUACUCUUAUUUGAAAUGUUUACUCAUAUUUAACACUGUCAUGUAUUAAUAUUAUCUCGGAUGUGUCUGUUGACAUGUCGUUAAAGUUUUUUUGUUUACUUUCAGCCCAGUGGGCAUCACAUUUUAGUAACUGGAGGGGGGAAAAACACCUAUAGGAAUGUUUCUUUACAGCUCAGACUGAGCUAAACACCAGCAGUGACUGCGGGCUAUAAGAUGACUGACUAUAUGAUCUCCCCCGGGGCAUUUUAAAGGACGUAUGGCUGCAUGGGCCUUUGGUCGGCUUGAAUUCUACCCUCAUUAUUUGCUCUCUGGAGCUUAGUGACUUCUCCCUAAAGCCAAUUGGUUUACGCCUGGUCGGUUAGGGGCCUGCACAAGUGAUAGCAGCGCAUAAAAAGAUGGUUAAACUACAACAAUCAAACAAAUGGUAAAAAAGCUGCGACUCUUCCUGUCUGUAUGUGUGUGUUAUUAUCAUUUCCACAUCAUUAAAGUGUUUGCAUGAGCUGGAAAAACAAAAAGCAACACGUGUGUGAACCGAGUGUAUAACAUGACAACAACCCAUUUACACCUGACUGAUGUUUUUACAGGGUUUCUCCCCCUCAUUACAGGAUGUCAACAUAUUCAGAACACACGUAUUGGUGGUGACUUCUGUCAGACUCUCACUCGGUGUUUCUCGUUGUUAAAGUCUGUUCUGUAGUAUGUGAAGUAUCCGCAUACUGAUGCAAAAAAAAAAAAAAAAAAAAAAAAAAACAAAAAAAAAAACAGAUACACAAUCCACUGCCCCCUUUGUUAGCGUCAUUUCAUUGACUGCUGAAGGAGAACAGAGUCACUAAUACAAAAAAAGUGAAAGAAGGCAACCCCGGCAACUAUGAUGUUGGUUAUAUUUGUGUAAAGGCUAUCAGUGAAUGACGAGGAUUAGGACGAGUUAAGGAGAUUAUGUCACACAUUCACCAUUCACCCACCCCAGCAGCCACCCACACACAUGCACACACACACACAUACAACACACACACAACACGCACGCGCGCACACGCACGCAUGCACUCAGAAAUAACUGCAAAAAAUGUUAUUGAUCUGUGAGAAUGGAGACGUGUUUUCAAUUUAGAAACGUUAAUUCUGCUUUUUUUUUGGUGGGGAGUCUACUGUAUCAUUUUGUAAAUUAAUCACCAAUAAAACAAGUGGUCGUUGCCUACAAAGAACUAAUCCUUUUUGUAAAAAAAAAAAAAAAAAAAAAAGGAGAAGUCGGGAAAAUAGUUCCUAAAAUAAGGGUGCAUUGUAGUCUUUAUUAUGAGGACUAUUUAUAGAAGAUAAAAAACCCACAAUACGUGGCUAUCAACGUCCCAUUGAGGACCAGAGGCUUUUUAUGGGUCUCUGCAGGGAAAUCAAAGGAAUAUCAUAGAGAUUUCUCCUCAGGCUUGUUAGUCUCCAGCCGUAGCUGUUCAGCUAAAGGGCAGGUUGAAAGACACAACAAUGGCUAAUUGCAAUUAACUACGCCUCUCCUCCUCGCCCCUGUCCGCUUAAAUCGACACUUUGUGCGUCCAUAUGGCCUUCAGUGUACCGUGGGAAUGAACACAAUUAAAAACAGAAUAUGGAUUUCUGGAGUUACCCGGCGAAAACACAGCAAGCUGUCAAGGUCAGAGUGUCAGUGAGCGGGCCCUGCAGCCCGACCCGCGACCCUCCGGACAGCCGGGCACGGUCUGCACCCCCGGGGUCCAGAAUCCAGUCACUGACUGCAGGGGGUGCUGGGAGGAACAGGGCGGAGGGUUCAACUCAAAUAAAACCAGUUUACGCAUUAGAUCCAAGACUCAGUAAAAUAAUCUAUUAUUAUUGUUAUUAUUAUUAUUAUAAUCUUUAUUGUUGUUGUGGUGGUGGUGAUUUUUCUGGACAACAUAUGAUGUAGUUGUAAGUGUGAAUUUAUAAUCUUCCUUGGUGUAAAAGUUGUUUCAAGAGUGCAAGGAGAAGCUGGAGAAACCCAGCAGCAUACAGUAGGUCUACAGUAGAAGCAUCAAAGAGUCAAAUGUGGGGAAAAAACAAAGAGUGGAAGAACUGUACUAAAAAUAUGUAAUAAUAUAAAUGAUUUAAGCUCAACAUCGAUAAUUAACAUAUUUAAAAUAUGUGUCAGAAUCUGCACUACAAUAAAAGCCAAGUUAAAACUUGAUGAUGAUUAUUAUUGUUAUCAUAACUAUUUAAGGUACCAGUUAAAUUAGAUGUUUAAUUUGUUCAUCUGUCUGAUUUAUUUAUUUAAUGUGGUUUAUUAUGAGCUAUAAUGUUUAAAGUGAAAAAGGGAAAAGUCAUAAGAACAGUACAAUGGGGAAAAGUUUUCACAUUUAUCCAUAUUUGCAUGUAUAGACUGUUUUUAUUAACUAAAUUGAUUCAAAUAAAACUACGUGCAAAAAAGUUCACUUCUUCCUAAUUUCUUUAUCAUUCUGUCACAUUCCAGGAGUCUUGUUUUCUCGUCGCAGUGCAGAGCGGAAACAAGCUGUCUACAUAUUACUGUCAAAGUAACGAGCUCUAACUUCACACUGACCACAUUAACUGGCAAAUCCCUUUAACUGACAGAACAACAGCUUAAAACACCUGCAACAGGUUGAAAAACAUCAGUGAUCAGUGAGGCUCAAACCGGCUUUAAAAUAAGCCCCUAACAAAGGAAAGACAACUUCGUCCUGUGCAGAAGCACCGCCCAUCGCCCCUCAGGAGAGAAGAGGGGAAAUAUUUCUUCAACAGAUUGUUACAGUGAAGAAGAAUAUUUUUGAUGCUGUCAGUUCUUUAUUUCUCUGUGGCGUUUAAAAUCUGUGUUAAUGUAACAAAUAUCCAAUUCACCACUAAUGUAGCUAUUUUAAAAAUCAGUACUAUUUCUACCUGAGUGAUUGACAGUUGUUGUGAGUGAUGAGUGUCUAGUGGGCCCCGGGCACUUAUCCUUGAAUCUUAAGGACUGUGUAUGUAACCAGACACAAUUGUUUUUGUGCUCCUGUAUGUAGAAAAGGACGAGGCUGUUUAAUGUCUGAGCUGAGAAAUUCAAAGAAAUGAACCGCGAGCUGUGAAGCACAAUUUAAAUGUUGCACAAAACAUGUUUGCAACACGUGUUUUUUGUUUGCCGUGCCUGUGCAUCCAUGAGCAAGGCACUCCACAUCACUAACACACAUUCACAUUCACACGAUCGGUCACACACACACACACACACACGCCAGUGACGUCAGGCUGGAGUUUGGAGUAGAAAGCCAAGUGGAUGAAGGAAGUGGAGAUCUCCACCCUCCAGCCUUCCCCCCCGACACUUCUCAUAAAUAUUACCAAGGCUUAUUUGGGGAACUCGCACCACAAAGUCACGUCGUCUUCUGGUUUUAACAAGCUUUCAUCUGUCACAAUAACCGAAAAUUGAUUUUUCUGUCUCUCUCUUUUUGCUCCUUCUUCUUCUUCUGCUUUUUUUUCCCCCACCGGUUUGGCACCUUCGCGGAUGCGCUCCGGGCAGCGUUUCUCCAACUCUUAACUUUAUGCACCGGCUGUUGCGCCCCGAGCUGCUGAGGGUUGCUGUCGCCGUGAACCUGUCUCCAUCCUCUGCGGCUGCAGUCCGCUUCUCUACCCCGCUCAGACCCCCUCGACUGCCGGAGGCGAAGACCGUCUGAUAUAAUGUGUGAUCGAGCAUCUUAGUUCGGGGACGUCGAUCGGAGAUCUACUCUGUCAAGUUGAGCAACUCAGGACUUUUGACUCGCCGAUUUAAUCGCUGCUGGUAAAGAAUCCAAGGAAAGUGCUGCGGUUUCUCACAUUUAACUGCUUUUGUCGGCGAGAAUAAGAAGAGAAAAGGGACUUUUUUUCCAUUCUGAACUUUACUAUAAAGUCGAGUAUCCAUGAUGAGCAAACCCGCCGGCUCAACAAGUGGCUGUUUGGAUAUUCUGAAUGUCAAAUCAAGUCGGAUUCUGGACAUCCCGUGCAAAGUGUGCGGCGACCGCAGCUCAGGGAAACACUACGGUGUUUACGCCUGUGACGGCUGUUCGGGAUUCUUCAAGAGGAGCAUCCGCAGAAACAGGACCUACGUCUGUAAAUCUGGCUCUCAGGGUGGUUGUCCCGUAGACAAAACCCACAGAAACCAGUGCCGAGCGUGCCGUUUGAAGAAGUGUCUGGAAGUGAACAUGAAUAAAGACGCCGUUCAGCACGAGAGGGGGCCCCGGACGUCCACCAUCCGCAAACAGGUCGCCCUAUAUUUCCGGGGCCACAAAGAGGUGAACGGAUCGUCGACCCAUUUCCCGGGAUCCUCUCUGCCCGGCCCUCCCUUCUUCACCACGGUCACGCAACUGGAGCCUCACAACUUGGAGAUGAGCGCAGUGGCCACCACGCCAGAGAGACAGGCCAUCGUGGGUCUGGCACAGCCCACUCCGAAGUAUCCCCACGAAGUCAGCGGCACCCCCAUGUAUCUUUACGAGGUGGCGACGGAGUCCGUGUGUGAGUCGGCCGCGCGCCUCCUCUUCAUGAGCAUCAAGUGGGCAAAAAGUGUUCCCGCAUUCUCCACGCUCCCUUUAUCCGACCAGCUGAUUCUCUUGGAGGACGCUUGGAGGGAAUUAUUUGUUCUGGGCAUCGCGCAGUGGGCCAUUCCUGUGGACUCCACUACUCUUCUUGCGGUUUCUGGAAUGAACACUGAAAACACAGAGUCUCAGCGGAUGAAUAAGAUCAUGUCUGAGAUUCAAGCACUUCAAGAGGUGGUCACUCGAUUCAGGCAGAUGCGUCUUGAUGCAACGGAGUUCGCCUGUUUAAAAUGUAUCGUGACAUUCAAAGCCGUUCCUACGCAGGGCAGCACUGAGUUAAGAAGUUUCCGCAACGCCAGCGCCAUCGCUGCGCUACAGGACGAGGCACAGCUCACUCUCAACAGCUACAUUCACACCAGGUACCCGACUCAGCCCUGUCGCUUCGGUAAGCUGCUUCUGCUCCUGCCGGCGCUCCGCUCCGUUGGCCCGUCCACCAUAGAGGAGAUGUUCUUCAAGAAGACCAUCGGAAACGUUCCCAUCACCAGGCUCCUGUCCGACAUGUACAAGUCCAGCGAUAUAUGAGUUCUCGCCGUCUGUUCGGUGCGCACGGAAAAGACUUGAGCUGAAGGCCACACACACCCACCCACCCCAGCAGUCGACAGAAUGUCAAAUCAUAGCAGGUGUGACCAUGGGUUGAAUUUUCGUUGAGCACAGAAUCUCUUUAGGCCUAGGGCUCCAUCGAAACAAAGACAGCAACGCACCCGGAAUUCACCAAGUAGCCUGUUAACAGUUGCUCUAGUUAAAGGAUUAGCCUGUAAUUUUCAUGAUAGAAUUGCCUGUAUGACACUGGACACUGCGAUGUGAGCAAAGAGACUACUACUAUAUCGCCUAAAAGACUCUGGAGAGCACCUGCCAAGUAUGACAAAGAAAUGUUAUAUAUUAAGAAGUUUUUCGAGUGUCUGUGAGACCAAUGAGCUUGAAGACCAAUUCAAUCUUUUAUUGCUGUGUUCAAUCCCAAUGGAGGAAACCAAAAAAGUUGGCGCAUGCGUAAUGGGGAGGGGAUGUGAGUCGCUGUCCCUCGAUCCGGUGCUGAAACCAAACGCACGGGGCAACGAUGAGGAGGUGGCAUCUCUAUGAAAAAUUAAAGAGGGUGGGGUGGGGAUUUUUUAAAGGAUAUGCUUGCAUUGCCUCCUGACUGUAAAACUACAUUCAUCUGAAGACGGUGUUUGUAUUUAAAGUGGUUCCUGUUCUGUCUGUGUCGGUGUGUCCUGUUUUAAGGCGCAGCAUUACAAUGUUUAGGUCGACUUUGUGAAGUUAGACACUAACACUGGAUAAAAGAAUAUUCAGCACUUGGGAAUGUUUUUUUGUGAGUUGUGAUGUUUUUAUUCUGCUGUAAAUACUUUAGAGUUAUGACUAUUUAGAGUUGUAACCGAGAGAAUAAAAUACACUGAAUUCAAUUGUUUUCAUAUAACCUAGAUAUAAAACUACCAGCUGCAGUUUACAAAGCAUGUUUGUACUUCACAUUAUUGCAAAUAAUAGUGUUACUCUUCUCAGAUUUAAUUUAGUUGUCUUUGUAAAGUACAAUUUCAAAAGAUUUUCCAGUAACACUUUAUAAUAAGAGCAUAAACAAGAGCUUUAGUAAUUAAUAACUAAUGAAUAACUCACGAUUUAAUGUAUGAUGUAUCGUGUAGUGAGUGAGUGAGUUUAUAUGAUCAUUUGAUGCUUAAUGGCUCAUGGAUUAAUGACCAUUCAUUUACAGUUAGUUGAUACAUUAAUUUACAUGCGACCAAAUGAGCUGUUAUCCAGUUACAUUAAAAAAUGUAUUUAUAUGUUUGAUCAGGCUCUGGAAGUAGAACCUCUUCUCAUAGAAAACAUGAAGCUAUUUUUAUGAAACAUUUACGAACAUGUUGAUGACUCAACAGUCCUUGUUUUUGUCAUAAUUAUUAGCUAUGAGGCUGUACUUAAGUUUUUUUUUUUUAAUAAAUCACUAUAAUGGACAGAUAUGUUUAAGCUAACAGAGGGGCCAAAGAGCUACCAGAUUUCAUAGGCAUUAAAUAAUCAGGCAUGCAUUAGUUAUAAAUUAUCAAAGCAUGUUUUGUGUCUGUAUUAUCAAGUGUUGCUGGUUUUUCUUUACAAGUAGUGAAAUCUAUUUCUAAAUCAAAACUCAGGACAGUUUUAAUAAACUCUCUACAUAGCCAGAGGCCCAAAAUGUCUUUGUAAUGGAGAUGGUAGAUUA